GAGGACUUAACUGCAGUGUGUUAAUUUGUAUUUGGAGCUGUGAUGUCUGAGGGGAGGGCUGGAUUAGUAAAAGCGGUGGUCCGGAGAGAGACACGAGGAGUCGGGUUUCAGUUUUGCGAGGGCCCCUUGAGUCAAAUACACUGAAGCUGCCUUUGUUUGACUGGGAACCAGAAAAGGAAAGCAAGAGAGAGGAGGAGGAGGAGAGUGAGAGGCUUUUAGUUUAGGAGUGAGUGAGUGAGAGAGGCAGAGUGAGCUCCAUCUCCCUCUCUCUCUGUCACACAAGAACAGGACAACUUUGGUUUGGAUCUAAGCUUACCAUCACUGAAGAUGACUUCCUGCAUUCCUCCCUGGUUCUUUGGAUUACUUCUACUAGUGCUCUGGUUCUGCUGCCGUCGCUCCUCUGCUCAGCUGUUGGAGGAACGUGGUCCCCAGGAGGCCUUGGACCUGACCGAGUUGAUCGGCGUUCCCCUUCCUCCUUCCGUCUCCUUUGUAACGGGUUUUGAGGGUUACCCCGCUUACAGCUUCGGCCCGGACGCCAACGUGGGCCGCCUCACAAAGGCGUUCAUCCCCGACCCGUUCUACUAUGACUUUGCCGUCACGGUCACUGCUAAACCUACCACGCGGCGUGGGGGUGUCCUGUUUGCCAUCACAGAUGCCUACCAAAAGGUUGUGCACUUAGGUAUAGCGCUGUCCGAGGUAGAGGAUGGCUCCCAGAGAGUCAUAUUGUACUACACCGACCCAGGAACAAGAGGGGGGACCCAGGAAGCAGCUUCCUUCAAAAUGGGAGACUUGACGGGAAGAUGGGCGAGGUUUACCCUGACUGUGCAGGGGGCAGAGGUGCGUCUCUACAUGGACUGUGAGGAAUACCACCGAGUUGCCUUCACCAGGAGCCUGCAGCCUCUGACGUUCGAGGCCAGCUCAGGGAUCUUUGUAGGGAACGCUGGGGGUACGGGCCUGGCGAGGUUUGUGGGCUCCAUCCAGCAGCUGGUGCUGAAGUCAGAUCCCACGGCCCCAGAUGACCAGUGUGAGGAGGACGAUCCUUAUGCCUCUGGAUACGGAAGCGGUGAUGACGCUUACGACGACCUAGAGGGAAGAGACGAAGUGAAGAAGAUUGUGGAGGAGAGAGAGUACACCAUGCCCCUCCCAGAGCCGGACCCCACUUACAGCAGCCCAGUCCGAGCUCCGCCCACUGAGAUGUCGCUGGGCGAUGAUGACGAUGAUGAAGACAUAGAGGAGACUUCUGGACAGGAGGAUAAGAUGACCACAAUAAGAGUGAAAUCAUUUCAAACAGGUAGUCCGGCCGCAGUAUUUGACUCUUCCCUCCAGGUGUCUCCAGGACAGAAAGGGGAGCCAGGUGAGCCAGGUCCAUCUGGUCCUCCAGGGCCACCUGGUCCCCCAGGAAAAACCUCAGGAGAGGGGGUGGGAGGGGAGCCGGGACCCCGGGGACCACAAGGACCACACGGACCUUCAGGCCCACCUGGAGUUCCUGGGAAAGAUGGACAUUCUGGAAGCAAAGGUGAAACGGGUGCUCCAGGCGCCCCUGGGAUUCCAGGAUUCCCAGGACUACAGGGAGAGCCUGGUCCUAUGGGAGAAAAGGGUGAUCCUGGUGUUGGACUACCAGGUCCUCCAGGCCCUCCUGGAACUCCAGGUCGACCAAGCAAAUCUUCCAUGUUCCUGGAGGGGUCAGGAUUUGAAGACUUUGACAGUGAUGCAGAGAUUAUUAGGGGACCUCCAGGACCGCCUGGCCUCCCAGGACAGCCAGGGCCCCCAGGAACCCCAUCUAAGGACAUCAUUCCUGGACCACGUGGGGCGUCUGGGAAAGAUGGGAAGGAUGGUGAGAAGGGUGAACCUGGACUGCCUGGAGUUGAUGGAAAAGAUGGGGAUCCAGGACCUGUUGGGGAGAAAGGAGACAAGGGAGAGUCUGGUGGCAGCGGGCAACCAGGAGCAAAGGGAGAUCAGGGCCCUGCAGGGUUUCCAGGCCUACCAGGCUCAGAGGGUCCAGAAGGGCCGCCUGGUCCCAGGGGGCCAGCUGGCCUCCCUGGGCCUCCAGGCCCCCCUGGGAGAGGCUACACCAUGGAUUUUGAGGACUUGGAAGGCUCUGCGAUGCAAAGUGGUUUUGGAGGCCCACAGGGUCCUCCAGGAAUCCCUGGUCUUGAAGGACCAAAGGGUAAAGAUGGUUUAGACGGCCCCCCUGGAAAGCCAGGGCAAAAGGGGGAGGCAGGUGCUAUAGGACCAACAGGGAUUCCAGGACUGGAGGGACAAAAAGGGGAAAAGGGACCAAAGGGGAACAAUGGAGAUCCAGGACAGAAGGGAGAGAGGGGAAGGGAUGGACUCAGUCUGCCCGGCCCUCCAGGACUACCCGGACCACCAGGAUCCAUUACCAACCUCCAGGCUCUUCUACUUAACGAUACAGAUGGUGCCUUCAACUUCUCAGGGAUUUUUGACACUCAGGGAUCCGCUGGACCACAAGGUCCAAAGGGUGACAUGGGGUUGCCAGGAGUUCAAGGACCUCCAGGACUGAAAGGUGAAAGGGGUGAGCCAGGAUUUGUCAUCACUGCAGAUGGAUCCAUGAUGUCAAGCCUGGCUGGUCCAGCAGGACCCAAAGGAGUCAAGGGAGAUAAUGGUGUACCUGGAGCCGCUGGAAUUCCAGGGCCUAUCGGACCACCAGGACCCACAGGAGAAUUUGGUUUUCCUGGGAGGCCUGGUCGUCCAGGCCUGAUGGGACUAAAAGGAGAGAAGGGGGACUCUGCAGGCCUGCAGGGACCUCCUGGCCUUCCUGGGAUGCCGGGCCCCCCAGGAAUAUUCAACUGUCCCAAAGGAACCGUGUUCCCCAUCCCUCCCAGACCCCAUUGCAAAAUGCCACUCAAUCCCAACGGAACCAUUGCAGUGGGUAACUGUCAGACGGGACUGAAAGGAGAAAAGGGAGAUAGAGGCCUUCCUGGGAUACCGGCGCAUAUUGGGAUACCAAACACAUUUCUUCAUAGGGGAGACUGGCGGGUAAGGGGUGACGAGGGCAUUAAAGGCGAGAAGGGAAACAAGGGGGAGGCAGGGUUUCCCGGGCAACCAGGUCUCCCUGGAAGACCAGGACUUGUGGGGCCCAAAGGAGAGUCUGUCGUUGGCCCACCAGGGCACCCUGGGAUGCCAGGUUCACCAGGUAUCCCAGGCUAUGGAAGAGCAGGACCAGUCGGCCCUCCUGGGCCACCGGGCCCUCCAGGACCCUCUGGGUCUACCCCAAGAUAUGGCUCAGCAGCUUUGACCAUUGCUGGCCCCCCUGGUCCUCCUGGACCCGCUGGACCUCCUGGAGCUUCGGCUAACGCAGCAUCUCUGAAAACCUUUGCGAGCCGCGAGAGCAUGAUGCAGCACACCGCCAGGGAUGCAGAGGGAACUCUGGCGUACGUCACAACCACAGGAAGCCUCUUCCUCAAAGUCUCCCAGGGAUGGAAAGAGAUACAGCUUGGCAGUCUGAUCUACCUCUCCAAUAACAUUAUCCCGCAAGAUGAGCCACGAGUUGCACACCAGAUGAGAGGAGACCUGAUGGAAAGAAUAAUUUCGGUUAGAGAAAGGCUCAACUUGGUGGCUUUGAACCAGCCCCACUCAGGCGACAUGAUGGGGCUCGACGUAGCCGACCGGAUGUGUUAUGAACAAGCCAAGGCGAUGGGUUUGGCUCCAAACUAUCGCGCCUUCAUUUCUUCCCAAAGGCAAGACCUGGUCCAUGUGGUCUAUCCUGGUUUCAGGGAAACCCUGCCCGUUACCAACCUCAGAGGAGACCUGAUGUUUAGGAACUGGCGAUCAGUUUUUAAUGGCGACGGGGGACCAUUGGAUGCCAGGAUUCCUAUCUACUCCUUUGACGGCCGGGAUGUUUUAGCUGACCCCUUCUGGCCGCAGAAGAGUAUCUGGCACGGCUCCACCAGCAGGGGUUUCCGAGUGGUGGACAAACACUGUGAGACGUGGCGAGCGGACCACAUGUCUGUCAUGGGCCAGUCAUCAAGCCUGACCUCCGGUCUGCUCCUGGGCCAGGACACGCGGAGCUGUUCCAACCAGUACAUCAUUCUUUGCAUAGAGACCCACAAAAACUCUUAAAUCCUCCGCCCCAUACCACUCCCCGAAGGAGCCCACCCGAGCCACUGUAAACGUUCAACACUCGUGGAAAAGAUUUGAGUGUCUUUCUUAAAAAAAGGACGUCAUUUUCAGCACAUCUUUGGUGGUACACUAGGUGUAGUUUUUAAAACAGAGUACCACAGACUCUGUGUGUUCUUUCUGAGUAGUGAGAAGAUGAUUAAGAGGCAGUAACAAACUAUUGACCACAGCCAAGAUAUACUGUAAUCUGUGAGGGUAAACCAACGUCAAGGUUGAUGCUACGCUGUGGAACUGGAAUCAAGCGAUCCAAAAUUGCGCCUUAAAGGAACGCCCCCUUGUGUUCUGAAAUAAUCCAGAAGAUUUCUCCUUAAAUUCAACCUGGUGGCACAUACUGUUAAAUGCAGCACAGAGGCUGAUGGAGGCUGCCAGUCUUCUUCUCUACCUGUUAAUGGCAAAAAUGCUAACAUCUCAAAGAGAAUGUGGUAAGGAUUUAUUAAUGUUAAAAUAAUACUCGAAGCACCUUUUAACAUUUUUAAAGGAAAUGGACUUAUUUGCAACAAAAGAAUCAAACUUAAUGUAUCACAAAUUACUUUUCCUAACAUAGUCACUGAUGUGUGCUGAGAAUAAGACGUCUCUUUUUUAUCGUCUUUUUGUGGUUACAAGAGGCUGAAGAUGCAGCGGCUGCAGGAAUCUGCACCUAUCCUGAAAUGUGGCAAUUUUUUUUUUUCACAAAUAAUAGAUUUCCAAAGACUUUGUGAUGGAAACAUAAAGCUACUUCAACUGUAUUGUUUACAGGUUGUCAUGGAGUGUUUAAAAAAAAAAAAAAUCUUUAGACAUUUGUUUCCAUAAUUUACCUUGCCCCUUGUCCAACAGUGGGAAGACCAGACAACCAGUGUUGCCAACAAAGUCAUUUUUGAUGCACUGUACUUUAUUUUAAAAAUAUUUUCUAGUUCAAUAUUUCCAUCCUUGAGCGUGUUGUUUGUGUUGUAGCUUUUCAUACAUCUUGGUGAUCUCACACCUUGGCAGGUCUUUCUCUCAAUAGGCUAUUUAAUUUAAAUUCACUGAUUUAUUUAUACCGUCACAGCACAUUACAUGAAAUCAGAUGAUUCAAUUUAAGAAUGUAAUUUAUCGUUUGUUGUUUGUCCAAUGACUGUUUCUUCUCACUUUUUGACUCUUUUCUAUUUUUUGUACAGAUUUUUUAAUGUUUCUAAAUUUCUGAAGAAUGUUGACAACAGUUCAAAACAAAAGUCCACUCAGCAUAAAGAUACAAUUGAAACAAGCUAAAUAUUUUCUUUCUGAAAAAGAAAUUCUAAAGGAAAAAGUAAGAUGUUUUCUGUAUAAAUAUUGGUAAAUAAAGUUUUCUCUUUUCAUAA